CUGGUUAUACUGUGACACAGGCCCUAGAGUGGCCCGCAGGCUUCUCUCUAGUUUUACUUUAAAUGAAGGACCACAUGGGCUCGUGUAAUUGAAGUACACAAUAAUAUUUCGUUACGAUCACCUCUGUCGCAUACGUUAUUAAUUUCUGUACUGUCAGUCGCGGCACGACAGAGCAAGAUGCCGAAGGGGACGACGAAAAGGUUUAUCGACAAGAAGAAUUCCGUCACAUUCCACCUGGUUCAUCGCUCGCAGAAGGAUCCGUUGGUGGCGGAUGAAACGGCGCCGCAGCGAGUCCUGGUGCCAGCGGCGGACGCGCAGGCGGCGAAGACGGAGAGGAAGUCGCUGGACAGGGAGAAACGCACGGAGGAGCAGCGCAAGUACGGGAUUUACUUUGACGACGACUACGAUUACCUGCAGCAUCUUCGGGACGUCAACGCGCUGUCGGUGGAAUGGGAGCGCGUCGAGAAUUCCAACAGCUCCGAGCGCAGCGAGGACACGCCGAAGAUCAGCCUGCCGUCCUCCGUGUUCGCGUCGAAUGUCGAGGAGAAGGUCGGUAUGCUCAAUAAAGCGGCGCCAGUUUCCGGGCCGCGACUCGACUACGAUCCGGACGUGGUCGCCGCGAUGGACGACGACUUUGACUUCGACGAUCCCGAAAAUCAACUGGAGGAUAAUUUCAUACAACUCGCUAACACAGGAGACAGCGACAGCGAGGAUUCCGACAGAGAGUACGAAUACAAAUUGAACGAACUGGGAAAUGAACACAGCGACUCGGAUGUCUCGUCGGAAGGUCACAUGGAUUUAUCCGACGAGGAGGCAGAUGAGGUUGGCAGUUUACACGGACCUCAAUAUUCGUUUAAGGACGAGGAGACUAAGUCGAGGUUUACAGAAUACUCUAUGAGCAGCAGCGUCAUGAGAAGGAAUGAACAACUCACGUUGCUGGACGACAAAUUUGAACAGAUGUAUGCUGCGUACGACGAAAAUGAAAUUGGUGCUUUGGACUGCGACGAAAUAGAGGGAUAUGUCUCGCACAACUCGGAUCUUAUUAUGCAAUAUGCCGCUGAAUUUGAGAAGAAGCAGAGGGAAGAUACGGAAAAUAUCGCGGAGCUUAUGCAGGACAGAAUGAAGAUUGUGGAGAAAGAACACGCGAGUUCGGAAGAAGAAGAUUUAGAGGAUCUUGUUGUCGAUGCUCGCGAAAGAGAUAAAUGGGACUGUGAAAGUAUUAUUAGCACAUACAGCAACAUUUACAACCACCCUAAAUUGAUUUCAGAUCCUCCCAAGCGAUCCAAGAAAAUUGAAAUUGACCGGAAAUCCGGUAUUCCCAAAGCUGUAUUGGGCAAUGCUGGAAGAUUAACAGUUGAAACGUUGGCCCAAUUCGACUUGGAAAACAAUCCGUCGAAGGGCCCGCAGUCCGUAGCGGAGAGCAGAAAAUCUACCUUGAGCGUUUUAAGUAUAAGGCCCAAAGGGGAGACCAGCGACGGGAGAAAGGAAAGGAAAAAGCUGCUCAAAGAAUACAGAAAAGAAAGGAGGAUAGAGCGGAAGGCGAAUAGCGAGGCGUUUAAAGAGGAAAAGAAACGCCAAGAGAAGAUUCGGUUGAACACCAGGCUGAACAUCCAAGGAACUCGCAUAGUAUAAAGUUUUCGGCCGAAGCAAUGUGCUUCGUGUCUGCGUCCUUAGACCGUGGAUUUAACAACCUCCACUUUAUGUGUAAAAUAUACGAACGUUAUUUUUCUCGCCGAAAAAUUAA